AGGUUAUGGAUUAAUUUUGUGCCGAAAUUUUAAAAAUACAUGUUUUGUUAAUAUAAAAAGCAAUUUUAGAUAUUUAAUUUUUUGAAAAUAAAUAGAGUUAAUUUUAUAAUUAGUUUAAAAUUAAUCGGAAUGUGCUUGUCAAGAUGAUUAGAAGGUUAAACAUUAAUUUUUUAAAAAGAAAUGAGCUUGAUAGCAUUCAAUUAAAUCUUAGACACAUUUUCACCAGUAUCCAGGUUUUUUGUGAUUCAAAAAAGAAAAACGAUUCCCCCCUGAAAAAAUUAUUAGACGAUUCUUCUACUUUUCAAGACGUAUCCAAAGAAUACAAGCAACAAUGGGCCACAUUACCAUAUCCCCAAGGAACCAAAAUAAGAAAACAAGGUGAAUUUUACAAAAAAGAAAAGAAAGAUCCAAGGGAUGCUUCAAUUAUAAUAUUUCCAGGACAAGGAGCUCAGUUUGUAGGAAUGACCAAAGGUUUAAUGAAAUUUCCUAUGGCUAAGGAUCUGUUUGAACUAGCAAACUACAUUCUUGGAUAUGAUUUACUGAAAUUAUGCUUAGAGGGUCCCAAAAGUAAAUUAGACCAAACAAAAUAUUGCCAACCAGCUGUUAUGGUUGCUUCGCUGGCUGCAAUUGAACAGUUAAAAGAAGAAAGACCAAAUGCUGUAGCAAAUUGUAUGGCUACUGCUGGAUUUAGCUUAGGAGAAAUUACUGCUUUAGUUUUUGCUGGAGCUCUAGGAUUUGAGAGAGCUUUACAGUUAGUUAAAAUUAGAGGAGAAGCAAUGCAGUUAGCUGGAGAAGCUUAUAAAGGCGGAAUGGCAACAGUAAUAUAUGGACCUGACAGUAAAUUAAAUCAAGCUUGUCUCAAAGCUAAGCAAUGGGCUGUUGACAAAGGAGAUCCAUUACCUGAAUGUACGAUAGCAAACUAUUUAUUUCCACAUUGUAAAGUUAUUGCUGGUAGUGAAUCGGCCUUAGAAUUUCUAGAGAAGAAUUUAAACGAGUUUAAACUACGUAAGGUUAAAAGGCUACCUGUUAGUGGAGCUUUCCAUUCAGCCUUGAUGGCACCUGCUGUAGAUACGUUUAGAGCAGCCUUAAAGAAGUCUGAAGUUACUGAUCCCGUCAUUAAAGUAUAUUCUUGUGUAGAUGGUAAAGCUUAUAAAGAUGCAGCUCACAUUAAACAUCAACUACCAAAACAGAUAGUAAAAUCGGUCAAAUGGGAACAACUGCUGCAUACAGUGUAUGAAAGAGAUCCAGGCGAAUAUUUUCCAAGAACUUUUGAGGUGGGACCUGGAACGUCACUGAAAACUAUUCUUAAACAAGUAAAUGCCAAGGCAUGGGAUAAUUGUUACAAUGUGAGUGCCUGAGAAAAAUAAAAAAUGGACUUUAGUGGAAUACUUGUCCUUGUGAGAAAUAUUCAAGAAUUUUUCUUGGAUAAGAGCAAUAGGAGAGAAGUACUUGAGCAUAUGGAAUGAGUGAAAUUGUAGUAUAUUAUUAAUAAGAUUUUAUAAAAUUUUCAAAUUGAUCUUACUUUUUUGAAUAAAUACAGUUACCUUUU